AUGGGUGUUACAGGAGGACUACUGAGAAGCAUUUUCUUCAGAAACAAAUCAUUUGGGGUUCAUGACUACAACAAUGGAAGAUGGAAUGUAGGAGAGAAGAAACGAUGGAGCUUGGUUAGAUUAUACCUUUGGGGAGAUGAAUUCAACUGUUCAAUCAAAGAUUCUGUUGACGCUCUUCUUACAAUGUCUCAGCAACUGAGCUCAGAUUCAGUUUCGGUGAAACAACAUCUGGAGGAUGAUGAGGACUCUGUUUCAGUUACGAGCUCAGAGGUUAAAGUAACUCAGCCGUUACAAGACAAGAUAUCAAAAGUAGUAAAAGAAGAUGCUGAUAAUAAAAGCGAAGCAACAGAGACGCAUAUACCGAAGAGGCAUCUGACUAGUCCAAUCUCUAAGUUGUUCCUCAAAGAAGACGCUGCAAUUAUAAUUCAGUCAGCAUUCAGAAGUUACCUGGUUAUUUUUUGCUUCCUUCUUUGUCUUCUGCUGUUGUGUCAAUUCCAUUGAUUCUUUCAGGCAAAACGAGAAGUAGAAAAAACGUUUGCUAAAGAGGAGUGCUUCUCGGGAGGUAAAGUAUCUAUGGGGACAUCACUAAAAGUUCAGACACGCAAUUCCGUGAAGGCACCGUUCAUUAGGACAAAACUAGUAUCUCCAACUCGAAGAACAUUACAGAAGAACAAAACUCAAGUAGUUAUGAGGAUAAAGGAAGACUGGGAUGACAGCAAGGUGAGCAGCACAACAUCAAAAUCGAGGAUUCAAAGCAGAACUGAAUCCUAA